CAGUGGAGGAGGGGAAGGCCGGGAGGGGGAGGAGCGCGGCAGUAGCGGUGAAUUUGGAGGGGUGGGCUGGGGGCGCGCACCGGCCGCCCCAGGUGCUGCUGGCUGCCGGGGCCGCGGCGGCUCCCGGUCGUCACGGCCUGGCAGACGCCGGUCCCCACGGUCCGAGUCCGGGUUUGGGGGGGAGGAAGCCGGAGCCUCAGGCGGCCGCACGUGAAAGAACAGCACAAGAAGAAACUUUUAAAGGCAUUGUUGAUUUGACUACGGCACCGAUCCCCGAAAUCACAGGAAAGUUCAGGACCCCAGCCCAGGGGAUGAUGCUGCUCACAUCAUAGUGGGUCUUGGCACCUCAGUCACCCAAAUCUCGAGAAUCCCUCACAGGAACAUCCGGACUUCCUGGGGUUCUGAUAGUCAGUCAUACAGAGGAAGGCCUUGAGCACGUGGAUUUUGGAGAAUCCGUUCUAAAAGUGUAAAAAGUGCAAAAGGAGAAAUACAAAUGUCUACCACAAGACGAAAACGCAAUGUGUUAUGUUGUUUACCGUAAGCUGUAGUAAGAUGAGCUCAAUUGUUGACAGAGAUGACAGUAGUAUUUUUGAUGGAUUGGUGGAAGAAGAUGACAAGGACAAAGCAAAAAGAGUAUCUAGAAACAAAUCUGAAAAGAAACGUAGAGAUCAAUUCAAUGUUCUCAUUAAAGAGCUUGGAUCUAUGCUUCCUGGUAAUGCUAGAAAGAUGGACAAGUCCACUGUUUUGCAGAAGAGCAUUGACUUUUUACGCAAACAUAAAGAAAUCACUGCACAGUCAGAUGCUAGUGAAAUUCGACAGGACUGGAAACCUACAUUCCUUAGUAAUGAAGAGUUUACACAAUUAAUGUUAGAGGCUCUUGAUGGUUUUUUUUUAGCGAUCAUGACAGAUGGAAGUAUAAUAUAUGUAUCUGAGAGUGUAACUUCAUUACUUGAACAUUUACCAUCUGAUCUUGUGGAUCAAAGUAUAUUUAAUUUUAUCCCAGAGGGAGAACAUUCAGAGGUUUAUAAGAUACUCUCUACUCACCUGCUGGAAAGUGAUUCAUUAACCCCUGAAUACUUAAAAUCAAAAAAUCAGUUAGAAUUCUGUUGUCAUAUGCUUCGAGGAACAAUAGAUCCAAAGGAGCCAUCUACCUAUGAAUAUGUGAGAUUUAUAGGAAAUUUUAAGUCUCUAAACAGUGUAUCAACUUCAGCACACAAUGGUUUUGAAGGAACUAUACAGCGCACACAUAGGCCUUCUUAUGAAGACAGAGUUUGUUUCGUAGCUACUGUCAGAUUAGCUACACCUCAGUUCAUCAAGGAAAUGUGUACUGUUGAAGAGCCCAAUGAAGAGUUUACAUCUAGACACAGUUUAGAAUGGAAGUUUCUAUUUCUGGAUCACAGGGCACCACCAAUAAUAGGCUAUUUGCCUUUUGAAGUUUUGGGAACAUCAGGCUAUGAUUACUAUCAUGUGGAUGACCUAGAAAAUCUGGCAAAAUGUCAUGAGCACUUAAUGCAGUAUGGGAAAGGCAAAUCCUGUUAUUAUAGAUUCCUGACCAAAGGACAGCAGUGGAUUUGGCUUCAGACUCAUUAUUAUAUCACUUACCAUCAGUGGAACUCAAGGCCAGAGUUCAUUGUGUGUACUCACACUGUAGUAAGUUAUGCAGAAGUCAGAGCUGAAAGACGACGAGAACUUGGCAUUGAAGAGUCUCUUCCUGAGACAGCUGCUGACAAAAGCCAAGAUUCAGGGUCUGACAACCGUAUCAAUACAGUCAGUCUCAAGGAAGCACUGGAAAGGUUUGAUCACAGCCCAACUCCGUCUGCCUCUUCCAGAAGCUCACGAAAGUCAUCUCACACAGCAGUCUCGGACCCUUCCUCAACACCGACAAAGAUCCCCACUGAUACUAGCACUUCUCCCAGACAGCAUUUGCCAGCUCACGAAAAGACUACACAGCGGAGGCCGUCCUUCAGCAGUCAGUCCAUAAACUCCCAGUCUGUUGGUCCAUCAUUAACACAGCCAGUGAUGUCUCAAGCUGCAAAUUUACCAAUUCCACAAGGCAUGUCACAGUUUCAGUUUUCAGCCCAGUUAGGAGCCAUGCAGCAUUUAAAAGACCAGCUGGAGCAGCGGACACGGAUGAUAGAGGCAAAUAUUCAUCGGCAACAAGAAGAGCUAAGGAAAAUCCAAGAACAGCUUCAAAUGGUCCAUGGACAAGGGCUUCAGAUGUUUUUGCAACAAUCAAACUCUGGAUUGAAUUUUGGUUCCGUUCAACUUGCCUCUGGAAAUUCCAAUAUCCAGCAACUUACACCUAUAAAUAUGCAAGGCCAAGUCGUUUCUGGUAGCCAGAUUCCAAGUGGAAUGAAUACUGGACAUAUGACCACAAACCAGCAUGUGAUACAACAGAAUCUACACAGUACGUCAGCUCAGAGUCAACAGAGUGUAAUGAGUGGACAUAGUCAGCAGACGUCUCUUCCAAGCCAGACGCCCAGCACUCUCACAGCCCCACUGUACAAUACAAUGGUGAUCUCCCAGCCUGCGGCCGGGAGCAUGGUCCAGAUCCCAUCCAGUAUGCCCCAGAACAGUACGCAGAGUGCUACGGUAACCACGUUCACUCAGGACAGACAGAUAAGAUUUUCUCAAGGUCAACAACUUGUGACCAAAUUAGUGACCGCUCCUGUAGCUUGUGGGGCUGUCAUGGUACCAAGUACCAUGCUUAUGGGUCAGGUGGUGACUGCCUAUCCAACCUUUGCCACACAACAGCAACAGCAGCAGCAGCAACAGCAGCAGCAGCAGCAACAGCAGCAGCAGCAGCAGCAGCAGCAGCAGCAGCAGCAGCAGCAGAGCUCCCAAGAGCAGCAGCUUCCUGCAGUUCAGCAACCAUCUCAGGCCCAGCUGACCCAGCCACCACAGCAGUUUUUACAGACACCUAGGUUGCUCCAUGGGAAUCCUUCCGCUCAGCUCAUCCUCUCUGCUGCCUUUCCUCUACAACAGAGCACCUUCCCUCCGUCGCAUCACCAGCAACACCAGCCUCAGCAGCAGCAGCAGCAGCUUAGUCGGCACAGGACUGACAGUCUGAGUGACCCUCCCAAGGUCCAGCCACAGUAGCACACACACUUCCUCUCUGACACUAGAGAGGAAGGGGAUGGCCAGAAAGUCACUCAGAUGACAUACGGUUAGAAGUUUGGCAGUUCUGUGAGGGUAGUCUUGAGUGUUCCAGUUCCUGGAUUAGUUGGUAGGGAGAUGCUGCCCAGUGCUACAGAUGUACAUUAAAUACCAGCCAGUGGGGGAUUGUAGGGACACAGCCAAUCGGACAGUUUCUUUGCCCAGAUAUUUUUUUGAUGGAGAAAGAGUAUAUUGCCAAAUGUUAACAAGCUCAACUAUCCUGACCUUUACUGAAUCAGAAAAGCACUGACAGUGUUGGUAGCUUUAGUGGUUCUGUGCCUGGUAUCAAAUGUUACAGAGGACACACCACUGCCAGGGGUUUGCUUAGAUCCAUGAAGAUAGUCCAGUAGUAAGUAGUCCCCACCCCAAACUCUCCUCCCUUCUCAGAUAAUGAUGGAUCAGUGAUUCCUUUCAGAAUGUUGUGCAGGUUUGAAUUCUCUGUAUAGACGCUCUAUAGAUGUGUCUGUGUCUGGAUGGAGGAGAACAAGCCUUCUUUGCGCAGCAUGAAAGCAUUAUCUGUCCCUUACAAGGUAUGAGUACAUUUCAUUAGAUUUUGACACCAUGUACAAACUGAUAACAGCCUCCUUUUCAUUUUGUUUACAACAUAAUAGUGUUCUAGUCACUUUUCCAGGGCACAAGUCUUUUUGUUCGUGCUUUGGCUGUGGUGUCACAGUUUGUUCAGUGAGAUAUAAUGUGCUGCUGGGAAUGGAUUUUUUUUUCAGGUUAAAUUAUUGCUACAUUUCCAUUUAUUCAGAAAUAUCCCUAUUUCAUUAUUUUAAUUAUGUUUGAAAAUAGAAUUGCACUGUUUUAUUUUGGAUGGUUGGUUGAGAGUUUGAUCAUGUAUUUUGAUAUGUUUCAUAGUUGGAAUAUUUAUGUAAAUGGUUUUCAACAAGCCUGAAAGUGAUUUCAAGAAUGUUUCAGUUAUAAGAGUCAAAUUUGCACACAGAACAUUUUAGGCACUUUUUAACAUUCUCAGUGGUGGGAAUUUUAACUUUUAGGAUUUGUUGGAAUCUUUUUAUUAUCCUUAAAAAUUUCAAUGCUUCUUUUAGUCAAAAUGAUUCAGGGUUAUUUGAGGGGGAAAAACCCAUAGUGCCUUGAUUUUAAUUCAGGUGAUAACUCACCGUCUUGAACUCAUUGUCUGGUUUCAGUAGCAGUUUUGAAACCUUAGUACAUUUUUAGCAGCAUGUGGGUCUCAGUGUCAUUCUCAAGUUCCCAUGAAGACUGCUACGUCUCAUGGGCCACCUGAAUAGGAUCACAGUUGUUAAUGUGAUCCCAAAUUUAUUUCCAAAUUGUUUCUUCCUUUAAGGCUAAAUAGUCCUUUAAGAAUUACUGGUAAACACUUGCUCAGAGGAAGGGUAGGAAUUGCCUUUAACCUUCGUCAAACCACGACUGUAACUCACAUGCUUUCUAGACAGGAAUUAAGAUUUCAUCUGGCAAUAUCAUACUUUACAGGUAAUAAACUCCAACGAAGUUACAUAGAUUUUAAAAAGCAUUUUUUUUUUAGAUUUUAUGGUACUAAUAAUGAAAUUUUCAAUUAUAGAACAAAAGAGAAAGAGAAAAUAGAAUAUAAAACAUUACUGGGAAAAGGGAAGACAAGUGUGGCAAAUUAGAAUUGACCUUAGAAGAAAGUAUGUACCGGGUGAGGCUGUUAAGCAGAGGUUCUCAGCAGUGAAAAUAACCUAAUGCAGAAUUCCUAGAUAAGGGCUCUGGGAAACACGUAGUCAGUUAUCUGUCCUCAGCUUUGUUGUCAUCCUUAAGUAUGUCUUUGUUUUCCUGUUUACCUGGCUGCAGUUAAGUUAGAAAGUUAGUGGUGAAAAAGAACACAACCAAAGAAAAUUGGUACCUACCCUUCUGCAAAGAAUCGUGGCUAGAUACCAGUCAGUAACCGACAUAUCAGUCUUCUAGUUGACGCUCACAUGGAUACCCGAAGAGCGGGGAGAACACAUGUAUGUAUAUGCAAGCUUAUACACACGUGAUGAAAUUAAUGUGAAAUAGAGCACCCACACUGCUUUUCUCCCCUUCCAAAUUGCCUUCUUGAUCUUACGCCAUUCCAUGUCAUCUGAGUUGUGCCUCAUUUACUUUUUGGCAAUACCUAGUGAUAAGGCUUUAGCUAACAGGAGAUACAACGUACUAAUUAUGUAAUUCUUGUUGUUCUCCACAGUUUAUCUUCCUGCUUCAAAGCAGUUGAUAAAGGAGCACCAAGCCACUAACUUAGGUGUCCAUGUGGAGCGCGGUGCUGGGCAACACUUGUCAGCACCAACUGCCUCUCAGCUCCUUAAUUCUUGCUUUCCCUGAUGGCAAACUGUCCCUGUCUGUAUCCUACAUAUAGACUUCAGCAUUCUAAUGAGGGUUGAUCUGUUGCCUGCUCUUCAUUUCUAUAGCCAAAGUUAUUGACUGAAACCUAAAUCUAAAAUCUAAAUUAUGAAAAGAUACCAAAUAGAAACACUUCUCAGCUUCUUAUAAAGUUUAAUGUCCCCUACUCUAUUUCAUGGGGAUUCAUUUUUCUUUAAAAUUUGGAUUCUGGGCAGCACUUUUUAGUUAAGAAAUUGUUCGGGUGCGGGUCAGAUAGGUUCUCGUUGCCCUGCAGGUACCUUGCUCUGGGCUGCUUCUGCAUGGGGUGUUGCUGACGGUAUGGGAUGUUCUUGAGGCUGGCGUUAGCCCAGAGCCUAGACAUUGGGAAGUACUCCUCUUUUCUUCCUUAGAGUAGUAACUAUGGAGGGGCUGGGGAGCAGAUGUGGUGGGUGGGGCUGCAUACAACUGAGCACUACAGGCCCUUCCCCAAGCUCUAGAGUGCUGAGCUCUGCUGUCGCAUAGACAUGGCUUAGGAAUGUACUAAUAAAAGAACGCCUGUGUUUUUGAAUAGUUUGUGAUAGAAAACUGCAAACUAGUGUGUGUUUGAGUUGUGUGCUGUAGUUGGCCAUUGCCUUAAAGCAGUCUCUUGAAGUUAGUUGGGAGCACUGAAGCAGUCCAGCUGUAUAAAGGGCAUCGUGUGGAGGGAGAUGAGCCCUUGUUCAAGCCUUAGAAAGGGACCCUUAAAGUAGUAGUCUACAAAGGUAGAUUCUUUUCACUUGGAUAUUACUGUGUGCUUAAAAUGUUUCCACUACAUUAAGGAUUUUUUUUUAAAAGUGGAACGCAGAUAGCAUUUUUAGUAUUAUUUUUUCUGUAUGGUGAUUAGUUUGUUGGUAAGCAUUUGUGUAAAACGCGUUCAAGCUUAUCACCUUUCCAGUACCUGUGGUCCUGUUCUUAGUACCACAGAGUCCACAUGGAAGGUAUAAACACUGGAUAUUAAUAUUGCUGAGGGCAUAUAGCCAGGAGUAAGCUGACUGGAACUCUUCAGUGGUGGAGAAGAAACAGCACAAAGGCACUUGCCAUUUUCAUAGUGAUUAGAGAAAGAAACCUUUUACGUUUGUCUGGAUUGAGUGAACACUCUUCUAAGAGGAGCUUCUGAAGUAAAUGCAAAGGAAAAGAGUUGACUAUUUUUAUAGCAUAUUUAAUAUAUUUGUAUAUAACUAUGAGUAUAGUAGGAACCCUCCACCUGCCUCCCACUUUUCUAAUCCCCCCCCUUUGCCAUAGCCCUAGUACAGCCUCAUCCGCAUGGGUAAUGUGCCUAUUGUCAGCCUACCUACCAAAAGAUAGUGCUGCUGCUUUCUGAGACAGGUGAGACCAGACUCUCAUGCCUGGGGAUCCUUUAUGGGAGGAAUAGCACACACUUAGAUCAACAUACCACAGUCUAAAAGCAUCAUUUUGAAAGGUAAUAAAGCACUUUAUUGCAAUUAUUCAUUUAGAUAAAGUUUGUAUCUUAGGCAUUAACCAUUUUUAAAGGAUCCCCUAAUCAUCACUUAGGUGAAAUUAUAAAUGACACAUUUCUGAGAAAUGUUUAGAUCCAGUGAACCGUAGCAGGUUUAUGGGAGUGAUUUCAAGGUAGCCAAAUAAACUCUGACUUUUGUUUUGAAUGUGGUGGAGUCAGGAGAUUAUAGAUGCAUAGUUCAUUUAAACACUAUUGUAAACCUAUCUUGCCUAUUGUGUGGACACCAAAAGAGACCAAUGAGCCUGUUUGUUUUCAGAGGUCUAGGAAAAUAUGCAUCUGUCUUGAGUAGAUACACAGAACUAAUCUAUCAACGGUUGGUAGUAAUAUUUUAGGAUACGGUAAUUUCAAGAAUUAUUGAGUGUUUUAAAUGUGCCCUGAAAUGUUGGCAUGUCAUUUCAGCGUUCCCACUUGAGUUGCUCUUGUAAUAUUUUUGCACAAAAAAGACUGAGAAUGACUGCUUUGGUUGAAGAAAACUAUAAUUUGGUCUUAUUUUAAUGUCUCCUGUGGAAACACCGGAGGUAAAUUUUGUUGGUAGACUUACUAAUUCAGGAUAUUUCAAACAGUGUUGAAUAGCUCACCAGAAAUUAUGCAAAAGUAUAUAUUUAAAAAUUAAAAUUCUUUUUCCCACGUGA